CACAGACGUCAUGACUUUGAUAACCAUGGUAACGAGACGCUUCGUCUACAUACAGUUUAAAAUAACCUGCUUGUAGUUCCACCAAAAAGUUAUGUCGGAAAACUUGGUUUUGAUAGAAUAUCGUUGAGUGUUUUGUGUUUGCGUUAGCAAAUUGAAUGCUGUAAACGAAACUUUUUACGGCACAAACCAGUACAAACGGAGAACAAACGAGUGUGACUGUUCUGCCGACGUUUUGCGUUCGGUGGGGGGGCGGGCAACUUCACGUAGGUCAGUCACGACAAUGCAAGUAACAGCCCAAAGCAAUGUCGCAUUUAUUCCACAAGGAUGUGCUGUAAUGUAACUCAAGUUAUUAUUCGGCAUGGAUCCUGAAAGAUGUUCAUCAAAACAAUGAGUGAGGCUACGUCCAAAACUGCAUACUACUCUACUGAAAAGCAUAUCUCUCUUCAUUUGGAGAUGUCACCCAUACUGAAAUCCAUCUGGACCUUAAAGAAUGGCAUAAUUAUUUUCUUUACGCCUCUAAUACUGCUUCCACUUCCACUAUAUGUGGGAACAACGGAGGCCAGCUGUGCUUACGUGAUCUCACUGAUGGCAGUGUACUGGUGUACAGAAGCUCUCCCUCUGGCUGUGACUUCUCUGCUGCCUGCUCUCCUCUUUCCUCUGUUCGGCAUCAUGAAGUCAAAACAGGUGUGCAUUCAAUAUCUGAAGGACACUAAUAUGUUAUUUGUGAGUGGCCUAAUGGUGGCAGUAGCUGUCGAGCACUGGAACCUACACAAGCGCAUUGCUCUCCGAGUGCUGCUCUUCGUAGGAGUGCGUCCAGCACUGCUAAUGCUAGGGUUCAUGGGUGUUACAGCUUUCCUCUCCAUGUGGAUCAGUAACACCGCAACCACAGCGAUGAUGGUUCCCAUAGUGCAGGCAGUCCUGGAGCAACUGAACAACCAGGAAAUAGAAACAAUCCCGCUCAACUCCAGCGUGGAGCCCAACCAGGCUUCAGACACACAAAACAAUGAGUCUGCUAAACAAAAACACGGGCAAGCAGUGGUAUUAAGUGGUCUGAACAUGUCAACUGAAGCAACCAGGCAUCAAGAAGCAGCAGAGAGAAAACAGAUAUGUAAAGGCAUGACGUUGUGUGUGUGCUAUGCUGCCAGCAUUGGGGGAACGGCCACGCUCACAGGCACAGGCCCUAACCUGGUACUCAAGGGACAAAUGAACCAACUGUUUCCGCAGAAUGGUGAUGUCAUCAAUUUUGCAUCCUGGUUUGGCUUUGCAUUUCCAAACAUGAUCAUAAUGCUAGCUUCAUCCUGGCUGUGGCUGCAGUUUCUUUUCAUGGGGUUCAACUUCAGGAAGACAUGGGGUUGCAAGGCAGUGAAGACAGAGAAAGAGAUUGCGGCGUAUAAUGUGAUCCGAGAGCAGCACCGGCUGCUGGGACCCAUGACAUUUGGAGAGUUUAGUGUGUUGGCUCUCUUCAUUCUACUUGUGGUCCUGUGGUUCACCCGGGAUCCCGGAUUUGUGGCCGGCUGGGCCACACACACAUUCAACUCAGAGGCUGAGUAUGUGACAGAUGCCACGGUGGCAGUUUUCAUCGCUGUGCUUCUUUUCAUUCUGCCAUCAACACCACCAAUGUUCUGUUGCUGGCCAACAGCUAGUCCUGGUCCAGCUCUGCUUACAUGGGAGGUAGCUCAGAGGAAAAUGCCCUGGAACAUAGUUCUGCUCCUUGGGGGAGGAUUUGCACUGGCCAAAGGGAGUGAGGAAUCAGGUCUUUCCCGGUGGAUGGGAAAUCAUUUAACACCUCUGCAUAGUAUUCCUCCUUGGGCCAUAGCCAUUGUCCUCUGUCUCCUGAUAUCCACUUUCACUGAGUGCACCAGCAAUGUGGCCACAGCUACCCUCUUCCUCCCUGUCCUGGCCUCUAUGUCACACUCCAUUGGAAUGAACCCCUUGUAUGUCAUGGUGCCCUGCACACUCAGUGCCUCUUUUGCCUUCAUGUUACCCGUGGCAACACCCCCCAAUGCUAUUGUAUUCUCCUAUGGCUACCUCAAGGUGUCGGACAUGGCAAGGGCCGGCAUAAUGAUGAACAUUAUAGGAAUCUUCUGCAUCACAGUGGCCAUCAACACCUGGGGAAAGGCAAUGUUCCAUUUGGACACUUUCCCUACAUGGGCCAACAGCACAGGCUUGUGAAAGCCAUGACAGACACAAGUGAAGAGUGAAAUACAGUUACAUAAAUGGUGCAACAUAACAGAGCCCAAAUGUGAGUUUUUUUAUACUCCAUCUGUGAUGGGCUAGUCAUGUGUUGUUGUUUUUUUUUUACAGCUCCUAUUAUUAACACAAAUUACCCAAUUCACUAAGUAGCAUUUACGCAUGCUUUCAUCUUCUUGGGAUUGUACAGUGCUGAUUGAAAGUUUGUGGAUAUACUGUAGAAUUUUUUACAUAGCUGCAUAUAUAUGAUCAUAUAUAUGCAAGAUUUUCACAAAAGUCCUAAAAAUAGAUCAAGAGAACCCAAUUAAACAGUUGAGACAAAAAUAUUAUACUUGCUCUUUUAUUUAUUGAGGAAACAAUCCAAUAUUACAAAUCUGUGAGUAUGUGAACCUUUGCUUUCAGUAUCGGGUAUGACCCCUUGUGUAGCAAUAUCUGCAACUAAACAUUUCCUGUAACUACCGAUCAGUAACUUUAUUCUUCUUUAAUCAUUGACAUUUUCCUUUAGAAUUCAAAGAUGUAAUUCAGCAUUCAUUGUUCCAUCAAUGUUGGCAAGCCGUCCUGUUCCAGAUGCAGCAAAAUAGGCCCAAACCAUGAUACUUCCACCACCAUGUUUCACAGAUGGGAUAAGGUUCUUAUGCUGAAAUGCAAUAUUUUCCUUUCUCCAAACAUAACGCUUCUCAUUUAAACCAAAAGUUCUAUUUUGGUCUCAUCCAGCCACAAAACAUUUUUCCAUUAACCUUCUGGCUUGUCCAUGUGAUCUUUAGCAAACUGCAGACGGGCAGCCAAUGUUCUUUUUGGAGAGCAGUCACACUAUUGUUGUUCAGUGUUACUCAUGAAUAUUAACAUUAGCCAACAUGAGCGAGGCCUUCAGUUGCUUAGAAUUUACCAUGGGUUCCUUUGUGACCUCAUAAACUAUUACACAUCUUGCUCUUGAAAUCAUUGUUGUUGGUCGACCUCUCCUGGGGAGGGUAAAAGAGGUCUUGAAUUUCUUCCACUUGUCUGUCUGAUUGUUGAUUGGUGGAGUCUAAACUCUUUAGAGAUCCUUUUGUAACCUUUUCUAACUUGAUGAGCAUCAAAAAAUCUUUCCUCAGAAAUCUCCUUUGUUUAUUCCAUGAUACAGUUCCACAAACAGGUGUUGUGAAGAUCAAAAUUUGAUAGAUCCCUGUUCUUUAAAUAAAACAGGGAGCUCACACACACCUGAUUGUCAUCCCACUGACUGAAAACACCUGAUCUAAUUUUACCUUCAAAUUAACUGCUAAUCGUAGAGGUUCACAUAUUUUUGCCAGUCACAAAUAUGUAAUAUUGGAUAAUGUUCCUUAAUAAAUAAACAACUCAGUAUAAUAUUUUUGUCUUAUUUGUUUAAUUGAGUCCUCUUUGCCUACUUUUAGAACUUGUGUGAAAAUCUGAUGAUGUUUUAGGUCUUAUUAAUGCAGAAACUUUUAAGCACAAAAUUCGAAACUUUCAAGCACCACUGUAUAUUUCAGAAAUCAAAGUCCAAGUCACUGAUGCCAGGGUUUCAUUAGUGUUUCUUUAAAUAUAAUGCAUUUAGAAAGAAAACAGUCAUUAAAUCUUAGUCUAUGUGUCACCAGGGAAGUGCAAUUAUGAGUCUUGUGUUGAGGAUUGUUUUUUAAGACUAAGCUUCAGUUGCCAGCAUUCUAAACAUCUCCUGCUUUGUUAAUACAAUAUUCAGUUCAUAAUAUUUAUAUAUAGUUAGAAAUCCCAAUGAGGACACUUUUUCUUUUCUUGUCAAUUUGAAUGAACCCAGUGCUCAUCAUUGCCAUCAACAUAUUUUCCUAAGCAAUUUAACAAUUAUAGACAUGGCAUUUCAUCAGUAUACGUGUUUGUUAUCUGCUGUAUGAAAUGUUAUACUGUUUUAUAACUGUACAAAUAAAAUCUGUAGGGUA